UUUUGAGUAUCUUCGUACAUAAAUCCCUAUGGCUUUGUACCUCCACGACCAAUAUGGCUGCCAUGUUUUUGUUAUCUCCACACAACGUUCACAAAUUAUUUCAAUACAAGUGAAAUCAAUAUAUAUGUGUGUGACAGUAAAGGUUAAAGGAAUCAAUGCAUACACUCGAGUCAUUUACACUCCCUUUGACAACACUAUCAAAGGUUUUUAUUUUAAAGAGGACAAAUCACAGCUUGUUAUUGAAACUUUUUCCAUUGAAACCAAAAAAAUUAAAGUAAAAUGGUCUGUAAUGCUUAUGAAUACAGGAUAUUGUUCAGAAUUAUUUGAUGAUUUGUUUCUUCUUGUUCAUCAUGCAAAUGGAAAGGUGGCUUUGCUUUCAAGUGAAAGUAUAAUUUACAUAAUCAAAGGGAGCAGUGAGCAUGAUGCCAUGGAAGUGAACUUGGAAUGGAAAGAAACCAAAUCUUUGCAUGCAGACAUUUCAACCACAGCAGUUAUGAAUUCAGAGCCAUCUGAGGUAACAGAGAUAAGACAAGAAGAACCUCGAAAUAAUGAACAGGAAAACGUGCAGGGAGAGCAACGUAAAGACCUACAGCAAGAGCUCUUGGAGGAGCAACAAGAAGAUGAAUCACCUGAAUAUACUCCUUUCGGACAUCACGAUGCUACAGUAGUGAGUGAUGUUCCCAAAGAUAGUGAUCUCUGGGAAAUUGCUGAAAUAAUAUAUCCUCAAUGGCUGGAGCUUGGUAGAAUUCUGGGCAUACCUGAAGAAAAUAUUCACAAGAUAUGCUCUUUAAUUGAUAAAUUGCCAUUGGAAAUGCUUUUGAAGUACAAGAAAACAAAAGGAAAAAAUGCCACCGCGAAUAUGUUAGUUGAAGAUUUAAAUGCCUUUGGCCGUCGAAAAGACGAAUAUGAAAGAACUGAUCAGGGAUGCUCACGCCAGCUGGAAGAAUUGCAGUUGGAAGAAUGGAAGUAUUUUGAUCAAUCAAAAAAGCACAAAGACAUGUUCUUGAAAUUAAUUAAGUAUGGACGCGACCCAGAUAAAAAGGUAUGAACGGCGUACGUGUAAUUUUCUUGGACGAGUUUUGCAUUGGCAAAGGAAAUAAUGAAACCCGUGUUUAUCUUGGACUGAAAAAGGAUGGUUAUGGAAAAGCAGUGAAACGAGUACGUCGAGAUAACUGUA